UGGCUUCAAAAGCACCCGGACGCCAUCCAGACGGGUUCCAUCAUGCUCGACCAGAGUCUGACGGUGCUCCUGCAGACGUCCAUGUUCGUCGGGGGUUUCAUCGGCUUCUUCUUGGACAACACUGUGCCGGGCACAGACGAGGAGAGGGGCCUUGUGAGUUGGCACGAAAACCUCCGUCAGGCAGAUUCCUCAGCUAUCAGUGGCACUACCAGCAUCUACGACUUACCCUACAUUACUGCUUCUCUUAGGAGUCUGAAGUGGGCUCGUUACGUGCCUUUCUUCCCGACCUUCAAGGGGUUUAGGAAGAGAGCCUCGGCCAAGAAUGCCGAGCGAGGGAAUAUUCCUCUGUAAGGACAGUGUGGUGGAGAGACGGCGAAUUCACGGUUUUCCGGUCCGUCUGUUUCGUGCCUUCGUCUCUCUCUCUCUCUCUCUCUCUCUCUCUCUC